CUACAGAGCGUGACGGUUCCGGCGAGUGCGGUUGUUUCUUGUGAUCCGGUGUGGGUAAACGGUGCCAUAUUAUUCUCGGCAAAAUUCAACUCCCACAACAACAACAACAACAAAAAGACACCGCUAUCUCCGAGCUGUAAACAAGACGGUGGGGGUUUCCUGUCUCGCUUCUCGUUCGGCUUUUGUCCGUGUGCUCUCCUCGCAUGGCAGCUGUGUGACAAACAGAGACAGACCAAGGACGAUUGACAGCUGCCGACAGGAGGAACGGUAGUAACACAAUUCUCGGUACAUGUCCGCUGCCUGAGCGCUGUAUGUGCGGCAAUAACAUGUCAGCGCCUUUACCUGCCAUAGUGCCUGCUGCCCGGAAAGCCACAGCAGCGGUGAUAUUUCUCCAUGGCUUGGGCGACACAGGGCAUGGCUGGGCAGAGGCGUUUGCAGGCAUCAGGAUGCCACAUGUCAAGUACAUCUGUCCACAUGCUCCAACCAUGCCUGUCUCCUUGAACAUGAGAAUGUCUAUGCCUUCUUGGUUUGAUAUCUACGGGUUGAGCCCGGACUCGAACGAAGAUGAGACCGGCAUUAAAAGAGCUUCAGAAAACAUUAAAGCCUUGAUAGACCAAGAAGUGAAGAAUGGAAUACCUUCUCACAGAAUAAUGCUCGGUGGAUUUUCACAGGGCGGAGCGUUGUCCCUCUACACUGCUCUGACGUCUCAGCAGAAGUUGGCCGGAGUGGUCGCCCUGAGCUGCUGGCUUCCUCUCCGAAACUCCUUCCCUCAGGCCGCGGCCAACAGUGCUAACAAGGACAUGCAUGUCCUACAAUGCCACGGUGAUGCUGAUCCCCUGGUCCCCUUCAUUUUUGGCAGUCAAACGGUAGAGAGGAUGAAAAGCCUCAUCAAUCCAGCAAACAUCACCUUCAAGACCUAUCGGGGACUACCUCACAGCGCCUGCCCAGAGGAAAUGGUGGACGUCAAGCGGUUCAUAGAAAAGCAGCUUCCACCCAUCCGAGAUGAAUGAACGUGCGAGUGGCUGCACACCCACACAGCACCAUCAGUCCAACGAGCUUGACUCCAGUGACGCUCCAUGGACCCGAGGAACCACUGACUGACUUGACUCAAUAAACCACGCUGCUACUCAUAGAGGCGGACAGGACGGGGGCUAGACUUUAGCCCAGAGGAGGCAUGACUGAAGUGAUGCAGUAUCCUGGACAGGAGCCACACACAAUCCUGUGUUACAAUAGAGUAACAUUAGUUGCCACUGUUGAUUGUAUAGCUAUUUGCUAUUGAAAAAAAGCCAUUUCCUGCACGAAAUUUGCGUAUUGGAAUAACUAGGGCUAUACUUUAUGGUUUAAUACAUAAUGUCUCACAAUAAAUGGCUUGUUGUUAAUAAUG